CAGACCCGGAGAGACGGUGAAGGAGCUGGAAACCGAGCCAGGGCUGAGCCGGCUGACAACAGGUGCGAGCCCAGAGAGACCGGCACAGGGAUCCUGAUCUUGAAAGACUGGGAGAGGGCAGGAGGCCAGUCUCUAUGGGGGCGAUUCCUGUAGAGUCACCAGGUGGGUUCGCGUGCGCAGAUUGACCUCUCGUGGGUGGCAUGGCUUAGGUGAAGAGGCUUGCUGCGGACUCAGGUUGGCGAACAGCCCUGGCGAACAACGGGCGGAGAGGAAGGUGUCUUUCAAGUCAGUUGCAGGUUCCGAUCUUUGGGUACUCCAGGAGCUGCUCUCCAGCCCCUGCUUCUGGACCUAUGGAUUCUCCAUCUAGCAUUUCUCCCUAUUCCUCCUACUCUCUCUCUUCGUCUUUUCCCACCUCCCCAGUGAACAGUGACUUUGGCUUCCCCUCUGAUAAUGAGAGGGAGGACAAGGGGGCCCAUGGGCCCAGGCCAGACACUGUUGGGCAGAGGGGAGGUUCCCGGCCCAGCCUGGGUCCUAUCCGCUGCAGGCAUCGAUCCAAGGUUUCCAGUAACCAACAUACACCAUCUCAUCCGGAACAGCGGGGUUCAGCUUCUCCUAUGGCAGGAUCUGGGGCGAAAAGAUCAAGAGAUGGUGAACUGGAGACCAGUCUAAACAUCCAAGGUUGUACCACAGAGGGAGACCUGCUGUUUGCCCAGAAGUGUAAAGAACUCCAAGGAUUUAUACCUCCUCUCACAGAUCUACUCAAUGGGCUGAAGAUGGGUCGUUUUGAGAGAGGAUUAAGCAGUUUUCAGCAGAGUGUGGCAAUGGACAGGAUCCAGCGUAUUGUAGGUGUUUUGCAGAAGCCACAGAUGGGGGAACGUUACCUAGGAACCUUGCUACAGGUAGAAGGGAUGUUAAAGACUUGGUUUCCACAUAUAGCUGCCCAGAAGUCAUCAUUGGGUGGUGGCAAUCAUCAGCUGACCAAGCAUUUUCCAAGCCACCACAGUGAUUCAGCUGCUUCCUCUCCUACAUCUCCUAUGGAAAAGAUGGACCAGACACAGCUAGGACAUCUAGCUUUAAAACCAAAGCAGCCUUGGCACCUCACAGAAUGGCCAGCUAUGAACCUCACCUGGAUCCACACCAGUCCAAUUUGCAACCCCCCUCUCAGCUCCCCAGGUACUAUCUCCUUUAGCCAUGGUCCUUUAGGCACUGGAACCGGUAUUGGCGUCAUUCUUUUCCUACAGCAUGGAGUGCAACCCUUCACCCACUCUGCCCCAACCACUCCAGUCCCACCUACUACAGCAUCUCCUCUCAUCCCUGGUGAGCCUAUGAAACUAUCUGGAGAGGGGCCUCGUUGCUACAGUUUGCCAGUAACUCUGCCAUCAGACUGGAGCUAUACCCCAUCCCCUCCCAGUCUACCCACCUUGGCCAGAAAGAUGACCAAAGGACACCGAGAGCAGCAGAGAAGCCAUCCUUCAGUUGCUCCUGAUGCUCAUCUUCUCAACCUCUAGCCCGGGGCAUACAGCUGUCCACUGUGAUUUCUAAUUUGUGUAAAUAUUCAUGUAUAUAUGUAUUUUUACUUUUAAUGUGUGCAUUUGUGUUGAGGGAAGAUAAAUCCUUUCUGAUUAAAGAAAUUUUUUUAUACCUAAA